AUGACGUCACCUCGUGCUUUCCCCAUUCUGCCGCCUUUGCACCGGGCGGUGGACCUAUUCCACCUCACGACGCCACGACGUGACGACGCUUUCCUUCGCCUGUCAAGUCCACUGAAAGGUCUAAAAAUAGACUCGCCCACGAGUCCCAGCAUGACGUUGCCUUCCCCUCCCCCUUUUCAUCCCAGAUAUACCACCAAUCAAAACGCACCGCGCUCCUCGACCAUCGUCCGGCAACUCAACAAGACGCGACGGCCGCUGUCGCUUCAUGAUUUGCUCGCGACCGAACCCGCCACGUCGCCGUCGUCAUCCACGGUCUCCCCGCCCCAUCGCACGCAGAAAGUCCAUCACCGCCGGCAAUGCGGCAUGGCGGGCUGUGUGAAGUACGCCCUGACUGGCGGCUUUUGUAUCCGUCACGGCGGCGGCAAACGGUGCAACUUUGUCGGAUGUCACACCGUCGCCCAGAGCGGCGGCCGGUGCAAAGCCCACGGCGGCGGCAGUAAGUGCAAAGUCUUUGGCUGCAGUAGCGUUGCGCGGCGAAAGGGCUUUUGCAUGGCGCACGGCGGCCGCCAGCAGUGCAAAGUCGACUCGUGUGGGAAAUGCGCGCACGGCGGCGGCUUCUGCAUCGCGCACGGCGGCGGCAAGCGCUGCGCGUCGAUUACCCAGUGCCCAAAGAGCGCGCAGGCGGGCGGGUUCUGCUACAGCCACGGCGGCGGCAAGCGCUGUGCGGCGCCCGAGUGCUUCCAAGCCGCGCGCAAAGGCGGGCUCUGCAUCCGCCAUCGCAAGCUGGCGGCCGUGCAAUGA